AUGCGGAGAGUCAGAUCUCAACAACUCAUGGGUCAACUUCCAUCUCAUCGGGUCUCACCAUCUCUCGUCUUCGAGAACACUGGAGUCGAUUACGCCGGUCCAGUGUCUCUGAAGUUCUUUCAAGGACGCGGUACUAGAUGCUACAAGGGCUGGAUCGCUGUCUUUGUCUGUCUCUCAACAUCAGCCGUUCAUUUGGAGGUUGUCACUGACUACUCCAGUGAAGGCUUUCUCAAGGCAUUCCGCCGUUUCACUAGCAGACGGGGAAUUUGCCGCACACUGCGAAGUGACUGUGGAACAAACUUCAAGGGUGCUGAUCUCAUUCUCAAGCAACUUCUCACCGGUGCUCUCAAGGAAUCAUCUCACCUACAGCAGCAUCUCGCCAAUGAUGGAACCCAGUGGUCAUUCAACCCACCUGGGGCUCCUCAUAUGGGAGGAAAAUGGGAGGCUGCAGUAAAAUCAAUAAAGUAUCAUCUUCAGCGAACCAUUGCUGAUACACUUCUCACCUAUGAAGAUUUCUCAACUUUUCUCAUACAAGUUGGAGCUGUUCUCAAUUCUCGUCCUCUCAGCGCACUCUCAGAGGAUCCGGACGAUCUCACUGCUCUCACGCCCGGACAUUUCAUCCGCGGUGCUGCCAUCAACACCAUUCCGAAACCCAAUCUUACUGCAAUCUCAACCUCAAGACUAUUUCAUCUGCAGCAUAUUCAAGAACGCUUACAGCAUUUCUGGGACAGGUGGUCUACAGAAUGCUUACAAUCUCAUCAAUCGAUCUCAAAAUGGAACACCUCUCAUCACGACAUCGCAGUUGGAUCACUUGUCUUGCUCUCAGACGAGCGGUAUCCACCAACAAAAUGGCCGCUCGCCCGUGUCAUCCAACUACAUCCCGGUGCCGAUGGUCUCAUCAGAGUGGUCACUCUCAAAACUGCAUCAACAUCUCUCAAAAGGCCAAUAAGCAAACGAGUGCUAUUGCCCGUCUCAUCGACCACGGAAGAUUCUCAGAAAUUGUCUCACUUCUCCAAUGAGUAG